AUGGUAAACAAUGAAUUAGAAUUUGUAGAUGAAAAAAAAUGGGAGGAGAGAAUUGAUAGAGUUAAAAGUGGAUAUAAAAGAAAUAAAUUUGUAAGAUGGUUCAAAAGUAAAAGACCAUUUCCAUGGAUUUAUUUAUUUUCAUUCUUUGUAAAUGUUCCAAUGUUAUUAUCAUUAAUUAUAUUAACAGGUGUUAGAUGGCAAUCGAAUUGUUCAUUCAUUGGUACAUUUUUAAUUAUAUAUAUAUUUUUAUUCAUUGGUAAUUUAUUAUAUAGUUUAUACUUUCAUAAAACAAUGUUAAUUAAGAAACCAAGACAUUGUGUUACAGUAGUAUCAGAUUGUGGUUUAAGUUCUUUCUUUUUAUAUACUGGUAUUUCAGUUGUAAUCUUCAUCAUUUGUGAAUUCUUAAGAAAAGGUACUGAAUAUACUGAAUGUUAUAAAACAAAUAGAGAAAUAUUCGUAUUAUUAAGAGGUGCAGCAGGAAUGGAUAUUUUCUUUUUAAUUGGAUUUUAUAUUAUAAAUUUCCUCAAUGUUUGUUGUAGUUGUUAUAAAAAGCCAGACAAUGAUAAAAAGAAAAAGAAGAAAGUUAUAGUUGAUCCAUUAUAA